GACUACUGUCACUGGAAAUCAGCAGAGUCUUUAUGAGAAUGAUCACCAACAAACUUCAGAUUUAUCGCUGCAUUGGUCUCAUGUUCCUCUUGUCAGUAGUGAUGUUUACUGUUAUCCAGAUUGAACAUAUGAGCUUACAAAAUGACUCCGAGAGAAAGAGAAUUGAAAGACAGAUGCAAAUAGACAAAGAAAUCGACCUGCAAAAUAACAGCGUCCACACCUUUUGGGAAAACUUCAAUACGGAGCAAAGAAUGGAAUUGCUCACAGAACAUCCUAAAGAACCCACAACAUGGGAUAUCAUCAGCUCCAACUGCAGCGCAAACCUCAGUUUGUUAUCCACAGAUGGGUUCACAAGUCUUGACUCAGAUUUUAAGCAAUUUAUGCUGUACAAGCAUUGCCGAUACUUUCCUAUUCUCAUGAAUCACCCAGAGAAGUGUGACGGAGAUGUGGACUUAUUAAUGGUCAUCAAGUCUGUGAUAACACAAUAUGAUCGCAGAGAGGUGAUAAGACAAACUUGGGGCAAAGAGAAGACUAUCGGUGGGAAAAAUGUCAAGAUCCUUUUCCUUCUUGGGACAUCUUCCAAAGAAGGAGAGACAGCCAACCAUCAAAAACUUCUGGAAUAUGAAAAUUUUAUCUAUGAGGACAUUCUUCAAUGGGACUUCAUGGAUAGCUUCUUCAACCUCACCCUAAAGGAGAUUCACUUCUUGAAAUGGUUCUCCAUCUUCUGCAGAAACACCCACUACAUCUUCAAAGGAGAUGAUGACGUGUUUGUCAAUGUUCCCAACAUCUUGGAAUAUCUGGAGGCAAGCAAAGACCUGAAAGACCUUUUUGUGGGUAAUGUUCCUAUUAAAGCCACUCCCAUUCGUAAUAAGAGGAGCAAGUACUACAUCCCUAAAGUCUUGUAUGAAAAGAACUACUACCCACCAUAUGCUGGUGGAGGUGGUUUCUUGAUGGAUGGUCCUCUUGCACAUAAACUCUACGGAGCAUGUGAAACUCUGCAACUUUAUCCCAUUGAUGAUGUGUUUCUUGGGAUGUGUCUAGAAGUGCUUCAGGUCAAACCAAUUCAACACGAUGCAUUCAAAACCUUUGGGAUUGUACAGAAUGAAGCCAGUAAGAUGAAUAGGGAGCCGUGCUUUUUCAGGAACACGAUAGUCGUACAUAAACUGCUCCCACCAGAUCUGAUCAACAUGUGGAGGCUGAUCAAUAGUGACUUAGUUUGCUCAAAGAAAUUGUAA